UAUAAGCGGAAGUGACUCUCUGGCGUCAUCUUCUGUUCGGCCUUCAGAGAAACGCAGGCAACACCCAACUUAGCUAAAGACUCGUCGACUUUAAUGACAAAUGGCUGUUGGAACUAUUGUCGCUGUUGGAGCAGGAGCAGUGGGUGCUGUGGUCCUGGUUCCGCUUGCUCUCGGUGCUGCAGGUUUCACCUCAGCUGGGGUAGCUGCAGGCUCCGUUGCUGCCAAAAUGAUGGCGACCACUGCAGUGGCUAACGGAGGAGGGGUGGCAGCAGGAAGUCUGGUGGCUGUUUUGCAGUCAGCAGGUGCAGCAGGCCUUUCUGGAGUUGCCUCUGCAGCUGUGGCCACCGCUGGAGGAGCUGUGGGCUGGCUGGGUAGCUUAAUUAGAAAACCAUGAAAAUACUUGAUGAAUCUUUACUUUUAAAAUGGUCCAUUUUGUCAGCUUAAUUGCCAAACAGCACUUUUGCAAUUGUAUACAUGCAGUGAAAUAGUGUGAUUUGUUAUUAAAGUGUUGUUUAUUUAGUCUUUUUUGUAUGUUUUCUACUGUGUGCAUUUGAUUCCAGACUGCCAGACUCUUAAAGACUUUAUUCUUCUUUCCAACACGACUAUGUUUGACAAAUCAGUUUGUUGUUGCCUGGGCUGACAAUGUGAAUUGUUAAGUAAUGAAACUUUACAAUCCAUGUCAAAUUCUUAAUUAAAUUAAGAGAAACGUGAAGAAACUUGUGACAUGCCACUGGAUUCUCAAAUCUUGAGGGGCAAAGUGCAGAUUUAUUUAAAUGUUCACCUUUUCUUCUACCUUCACAUUUUGCAGUUCAUGAUCAUAAAAGGGGAAUACUUUCCACAUGGUAGCUCAGAUACAGCAUGCAGGAAUGAGUACUGUGUAAAGAUCUCAUUUCAUAUAAUGUUACUCCUAAUCUUAAAUGUUGGUGAUCGCCACCACAAUCCAGGGCUGAUGCAGUCUUCUCGUUUUGCAUCAUCACAGAUGGAAGUUUGUCCUGAAUGCAGGUUUAAAGGAGCAGUCAGAAUUAAACUGGUUUAAAGAUUUAUGUCUCUUGUGUUUUUCUCCAAUUUUCUAACUUUCAUGAUUCAGCACCUCAGAAAUGUUUCGUGUUAUUUUGGGGGAAGUGGCUCCAUGACACGGUGUCUUGGUCACACAGACACAAACGAAACUUACUGCAGUUUCAUUUCUCCGGAAAUACAGCAACAGCUGCGUAGGUAAAUCUCUGCUCCGUUCAAAUCUCAUCAGAAAGAAGCAAGUCAUGGACCCAUUUUCAGCUUUGGCCGCUGUGGCAGGAGGAGUAGUCGCUGUGGUCGCAGCUCCUGUAGCUCUCGGAGCCGCAGGUUUCACCUCUGCAGGGAUCGUUGCAGGCUCAAUCGGAGCUAAAAUGAUGUCGGCUGCUGCGAUCGCUAACGGAGGAGGGGUGGCAGCAGGAAGUGUGGUGGCAGGCCUGCAGUCAGCAGGUGCAGCAGGCCUGUCAGGAGCUGCCUCUGCAGCUGCGGCCACUGUUGGAGGAGCUGUAGCCUCAGUGGCAAGAGCCAUCUUCUGAGAUGAUUACAAGACUCAUCUACAGCGUUUAGCUUUUUGCAAAGGUCAUGGAAAAUGUUUUAGUUUACUUACCAAACAGCUCUUUUCUAACGUUGGACAUGAGGCCAAACGUGUUUGUUACAUGCUGAGCAAUGACUGAUAGCCUUUUGGUUCAAUGUUAAGACAAUUCAGUUGUUCCUUGUGUAGAAGUUGCUUGAUGUUAUAUUUGCAUGCAUGUUAUAGUACUGCUGAAGCUGUGUAAUGUUUCUUGACCAGAUUGUUAAUCAAUGUGCUUUAUGUGAAAAGUGAUCCUCAAGGUGGCGCCGGAGGAAAAGCUUCCAAUCUUUGUUUUGGAACUUUCUAUGAUUAAUAAAAAUCCAGUAGGCCUAGUUGUUGACCUAUUU